CAAGUCAGCCACAUCCGGGGAGCAGGGGCUGGAGGAACGAAAAGGUAACUUCCAGAGGCUCUUUACCAGAGAGCCCCGGCGAAGCGCAAGCCCGCCUCCUGCCGACCUCCUGUGUCUCGGGGAAGACGUGACCCAACUCCCCGCAGACCUCCGGCGUCUCGGAAGCCGCUUCCCCGCAGCGAUUCCAACGAAGACCGGCAACUCACGCGCGCCCGCGACUCGCAGUCGCCGCGCAUAUACGUCACUCGCGUCGCAGCCAAUCGGCGCGCGGCAGGUCACCUCUCCGCCCAGGGCGCGCAGCCCCUCCUGCGCCGGGCCCAGGUCGAGAGCGCCCGCCAGCUGCUACCGCGCUCGCGCAGGCGCAGUAGCCAGCCGAAGAGCCGCAGCGGGGGGACAAGAGAGGAUCUGCCGCCGCUGGCCCCAGGAUGGUACUGGAGAGCGUGGCCCGCAUCGUGAAGGUACAACUCCCUGCCUAUCUUAAACAGCUCCCAGUCCCGGAGAGCAUUACGGGGUUCGCCCGGCUCACAGUUUCAGAAUGGCUUCGCUUGCUGCCUUUCCUUGGUGUACUCGCCCUCCUUGGCUACCUUGCAGUUCGUCCAUUUCUCCAGAAGAAAAAACAGCAGAAGGAUAGUUUGAUUAAUCUUAAAAUACAGAAGGAAAAUCCCAAAGUGGUGAAUGAAAUAAACAUUGAAGAUUUGUGUCUUACGAAAGCAGCUUAUUGUAGGUGUUGGCGUUCUAAGACGUUUCCUGCCUGUGAUGGUUCCCAUAAUAAGCAUAAUGAAUUGACAGGAGAUAAUGUGGGUCCACUUAUAUUGAAGAAGAAAGAAGUAUAACAUUAAUGACUUAGCAUUGGUCCAGUGUGUGCUUUAAAAUAUUUCUCAUUCUUUGUGUAUAGAAAAUUCUUUGAAAUGGUGUCUUAAUUAUUAUUACUAGUUGAAUAAUUAUUUCUGCCAAUUUAUUUUCUUGCUACACUGCUGCUUAUAUUUGAUACUUUUGUAUAGUCAGUCAUUUAUAUAGUAAUUGUGGAGCUUUCUGAUUUCAGAGAAUCAGUGUAUCUUCCACCAAUAAAAUCAAUAUUUCUUUUUUAGUUAAUUGGGGGUCUAAAUUUUGGCAAUGGGUCCGAGCUGUACCAUUGAAUAUUCAUUCAAGAUAAUAUAUACUUCACAAAUAUUUUUCAUACUGGUUUUGUUUUGACCAUUUGCAGUGGUUUGGCCUUCCAUACUUCAUUCUCUUCUUGGUGAAUUAAGAAAAAUAUUGCCAUCAAGAAUUUUUGAGGUUACAGAAAAAAUUCUUUGUGUUCUAGAGAUUCUUGUUUCAAUAAUCUAAAUAUCUCAAUUUCAGAAAAAGUAAACUGGAUAUAAAAAGU